CCCAAUCCAUCUUUUCUCUCUCUCUCUCUCUUUUCGCUUUGUGUCUCGGGUCGAAGCAAACCGAAGAACAAUCUCAGGAGCUUUGCUUGCAGCCCAAGAAGGCCCGAUUUAUUUACACAAAAGCAUUCAAACAUCUCUUCUUCAAACGCUACGUUUUGAUCCAUCUCUGAGUAUAAGGCGCCGCUCCAACCUCUAUUCCCAAUUUGUAGAUAUCUUGAAGAUAGUAAGAAGACAUGACGACGGCAGCUCGACCCACAUGGGCACCUGCAAAGGGUGGAAAUGAACAAGGUGGAACUCGAAUUUUUGGCCCUUCCCAGAAGUACUCUUCAAGAGACAUUGCAUCUCACACAACUCUAAAGCCCAGAAAGGAAGGGCAAGACACAGCAGAGGAAUUGCAGAAGAGGAACCUCCGUGAGGAGCUGGAAGAGCGUGAGCGGAGGCAUUUCUCAUCAAAGGACAAGACCUAUGGUGAAGAUAGAGAUCGCAGAAAGGGCCAUCUUCUGUUGGAAGGGGUAAAGAGGGAUGCUGACGAUCGAAUCGUUCCGCGGAGUGUAGAUGCUGAUGAUUCUGAUAUUGAAGUCAAAAGUGAUGAGAGUGAUGAUGAUGAUGACGACGAUGAUGAUGAGGAUGACACUGAAGCUCUUUUGGCUGAGCUUGAACAAAUAAAAAAGGAAAGAGCCGAGGAGAUGCUUCGAAUGGAGCGAGAAAAGCAGGAAGAAGAGCUUAAAGCCAAAGAAGCAGAGCUGAUUCGAGGAAACCCUCUGCUUAAUAAUCCUACGUCUUUCAAUGUGAAAAGAAGGUGGGAUGAUGAUGUGGUAUUUAAGAACCAGGCCCGUGGUGAAGCUAAGACUCCCAAGCGCUUUAUCAAUGACACAAUCAGAAAUGACUUUCACAGGAAGUUCCUGCAGAAAUACAUGAAGUAGUAACUCUUCUUCCUCCCAAGUGAAAAGAACUGGAGAAACCUGGAGUAUAAUUGAACCGGAAGAGAAGGAAAUAAAAAAAAAGAAAAAGAAAAAAAAUCUGGGUUAGCAGUGUACCGAAAAUAGCAUUUGACUGUGGUCUAACGAAUUUCAGUUGGUCAUUUAGUGCAGGCUUUUGGUACUUGAAUUCUUGUGAGAUUCCAUUGGUCAGUGUUGGUACUUAAUAUUAAGCUGUCAAGAAUGAAGUGAACUGUGAUACUUUGUAUUUUA